AUGAAGUUAGUCUUGACGCUGGUAUUGACUGUCCUUUUGGGCCACAGCAUAGAGUGCAGACCACUACUCAGGACUCAUGAGAGAAAGACCUUCAACAAGCUGCUGGUCAUCUCCUUUGACGGCUUCAGAUGGAACUAUGACCAGGAUGUGGAAACUCCAAACAUGGACAAGUUGGUGUUAGAGGGGGUGAAGGCCAAGUACAUCACCCCACCAAUGAUCACCAUGACCUCGCCAUCUCACUUCACUACCAUCACCGGCAGAUGGCCAGAAGAUCAUGGUGUUGUUCACAACAUGAUGUUUAACUCCACAACCCUCCUGAAAUUGACCCACAAAGCCACUCAGAAUCGCUCAGAAUGGUGGGACAAUGGAGUCAUGCCGUUGUGGAUCACAGCACAGAAUGAGGGCCGGAAAACAGCUUCCUUUCACUAUCCCGGAGGGGGAGCCAAUUACAGUGGCCAGUCUGUGGACCGCUCCUUGGUUGAGUCCUAUGAUCACCCAGACUCCAAUGAAACUGAGUGGCGUGAGAACAUCGACAUCGUUAUGGGCUGGUUCACCAAAGAGAACUUUGACUUUGUCACUCUGUACUACGGGGAACCUGACAAGGUGGGGCAUGCAAAAGGACCCGAACACGAAGACCGAAAAACGAUCAUCAGGCAGAUCGAUCGCACCAUCGGUUAUCUGCUGGAAUCCAUUGACCGGCACGGUCUGACACAGCGCCUGAAUGUCAUCAUCACCUCUGACCACGGCAUGACCACAAUCAAGAAGAAGCCUGACGUGGAUGAGAUCAAGCUCUCAAACUUCAUGUCUUUCGCCAAGUUGGUCCAUUUUGACCUGCUUGACUACGGUGGCUUUGGCAUGAUCAGACCCAAAGUGGGUAAAGAGCAGGAGGUCUAUAAUGCUUUGGUGAAUGCCCAUCCCAAUCUGACAGUUUACAAGAAAGAGGAGAUUCCGGAGAACUUCCACAUCGCCAAAAACAGCAGAAUCCAGCCCAUUGUCGUUGUAGGGGAUCUGGGUUUCAACUUGAACUCGAGACUCAUAUUCUACGUUAACAAAGGCGACCACGGCUUCCACAAUGGAGAGAUGGACAUGAAAACAAUCUUCAGGGCUUUUGGCCCAGAUUUCAAGAAGAAUUACUUAGCUGAGCCCUUCGACAGUGUCAACAUCUACCCACUGAUGUGCAAGCUACUGGGGGUAACCCCUGCCCCAAACAACGGCUCUCUGUCAUUCACAGAGGGCAUGCUGGUGGAUGGCGGAAGAAACCAAAUGUCAUUCAUCCUCGUGGUAGCAAUGGUUUUGCAAGUCUUUCAUCUGGUGUAG